AUGAUGAUAACAAUACAAGGACUGGCACCAAAAACGAAAUAUACAGAUGUCAAGUUGCUGAUAAAGCAAGAAUGCAACAUAGAUGAUUUUAUAUUGGACAACCUUGUGCCUGAUGUUGAUGGUACAAAAAAGGUUCGCAUAGGACUAGCUAAUGAGAGUGAAGGUUUUAAACUCAUAAAAUGUCUCAACGGCUAUCACAUGCCUGGCAACUAUGUUGUUAAAGUGUCACCAAUUGGUAAACAUGCUCUUAGUGAACAACCGGGUGUUUAUGAUGCAAGAUCAAGUUAUCAAAACCAACCAAGGAAUGACUAUCAAAUCAAUCCACCCAGAAGUGACUACACAAAUCAAUCUAAUUCCAAUGAUUACAAUAGAAGUCCUCAUGAGUCUAAUGUCCCAAGAGGGGCUGGGACUGGACAACAUGGACCCAGCGGACAACGUGGACAACAUGGACCCACCGGUCAACAUAGACCUGGAGGACCAAGCAAACCGUAUGGGUCUAGUGGAUCACACCCCCAAGCGCCUCCAGAUAAUAGACAUUCGCAGUGGCUCUCUAACAACAAAACACCCAAUCCAUGGGGUCCAAAUCAAUCCAUAACUUCUCAAGCACCACAAAAUAGCUUUAACAUUGGAUCUGGUCUUCAGCAGAAUACUUCAUCUGGUUAUAUUCAACAGCAUCAAAACCCUCGCACAGAAAUACGCGUGUUUGACCAAGGCAGACAAGGUCCAACUCCCGAACAAAACUAUGGAGGAUAUGCACCUAAGAGUAAUGUACCUGUAACCAUAAUGAAGGAUAAUUUCCAAGGCCCCACACCAUUUAAUAUUAACCACCCGGCAGUCAAUCAACCACAAUACCAGCAACGAGGGGCAACUGGGCACUGGAACCCACACAGUCAACAGGAUCAACUUAAACCGCAAGUAACUAAAGCUUUCGAAGAAAGAAAAUAUCCUCCACUAGACCUGCCUAGGGACGCAAAGAAUCUUCAAUCCAGGCCAGAUACUUAUAAGGACUAUGAAAAAAGGCGUGGGUAUUCACCGACACCUAGAGAUCCUAUGCCAAGAAAAAAUUCCCCCGUCAGAAGAGACGAGCUACAUAGAGAGCCAGCCGGGCGAAUGAGUGACCGGGGCCCCAGAAGAUUGUCUCCUAACCGAAAGGAUUUCACACAAAGACGAAUUUCUCCACCAGGAAGAAGAGAUGAUCCCAUUGGACGGAGAUACUCACCCUCAGGGAAGAAAAUUUCGCCUGAAGAUAACAGACGUAACAUCCCGAGCCACCCCGGCCCGCGUCACGAGUCUCCUCACAAGAGGAUAUCACCCAAUCGCCGCCUUGUGUCGCCAGGGAGAAGGGAUGAACGACCAAUAUCCAGAUAUUCGCCGUCGCGACAUUAUUCGGACAAAGUGGGUGAAAAGUUUGGACAAGCAGUCAAGGAUUUGAAAAAAGUGAGGCCAGCGUAUGAACCAACUGCGACACAAGCACCAAAUCAGGCAUCAUCUAUGUACUCAGGUGGUUUUCGUUCAAGCGACCAUGACAACGUUCAGUAUCCUAUUCCUGGAAUGAGGCAGGAACAAUCAGAUUCUUGGCAUCGGCAAAUUGAUGAGCAGACUAUUCCUAUGAAACAACGUGAUGUUGAAAGACGGCAAAUGGCCAGGGAGCGUGUACCUGAACAAAUUGAAAAGCGAUAUUCGCCAUCUCGGAAAUCACGAUCGCCGGUACGACGUGACAGAUCUCCGAUCCGGGAUCGUUUUAAGAGAAAUUCUCUUUCUCCACGAUCGUCCUACUCCCCACGCCGGUCAUGGGCCCUGGAGAAACGACGUAGUCCCGAUGCACCACCACCUCCGAUUUGGCCGGUACAGAAUCCCGAUCGAGAACAUGGUAGAUCGAUACGUCCCAAUUUCGCGGAAAAAGAUGAAAAACCAAAACAUCAACCUAUAUGGGAAGGAAGAUCUUUGAAGGAAGAAGAACUUCGUAGCAGACAUCCUGAGGAUCGUAGAUCAUACGAGGAAGCAAAAAUUCGUGUUGCUAAAGAAUUAAUGGAAAGAGAGUCUUCAGCACAUGCGGGCUCAAACGACCGGUACCAACAGAAAUUUCCACCGCGUGAAGAUUAUGGAGAACGUCGUGAUAUCUAUCGUCGGCGAGACUUACCGGAGCGGAAGCCUCUUGCAGAUUACCGUGACUUGCCACGGAGGCCUAGGGAGGAAGAUCGAUUCGAUGACUACAAUCGCAGAAGAGAAUCACCUCACCGUGAAAUAAAAAAUGAUACUCCUAAAGAUUUCGAUAAAGAUUUUGAAGACAUUUACAACAGAGCCGUGCAGUUUAAGAAAAAAACAGAAGAGUUGAGGAAAUCGGGUUCGAGAAAAAGGGAUGAUUUUGAUGAUAAUCGAAGGCGUGACGAGAAGAUUGAUCAUCCACGACAGCACUACGACGACCAUGGGAGAUAUCGUGAGGAGGAGUCACUCAGACAGAGGGAGAGGGAGGACAGGCUACCUCGGGACGAUAGACGUCUAGAUGACAGGUUUGAUGAUGACCGAACUCGUCGUGAAAGCGACCGACGCGAUGAUUAUCGCUCAAGCGAUAAUCAACAAAAUGAAAAAAGUAGGCAAAUUGAAACUUCUAAUAAUUCCAACAGUCAGAAAAGGGAGAAAGCUAUUGAAGAAAUCGCUCAAAAAAUUCUCGAGAAGAAUGAGGAAUACAAAAACGUACAAGGGGAUCAGAGACGGUAUAUACUUGAAGAACUUAAACAAAUCGUUACUAAAAUUGUUUACGAAAUGUUCGGUGAUUCGGAAGUGUCUUUCAUCGAAGUGAUUAUAAAAUAUCAAGCUAGAUAUAAUUUGAAGGAUGAGGCCAAAAUCUUGCAGGAUGCGAUACGGUCUCUACCGAAACAAUUCAGGACUAUCAAACGUCACGCUCCAGAAUCUGAUAAUAUUCCUGUCAAGACUAGCCGUAAUUCGCCAAGCUCCGACUUGAACCAAGAACCGGCUGUGCGUCCCAAAUUAAGUGAUUCCAAUAUUAACGUGAAACUGCCACCACCAGCCGUUCUAAAUAUGACCCAUACAGGAGUCCCACCGCCUCCAACAGUCAUGGGUCAGACUAUGAUGCCUGUUAUGGUCUCCCCACCUUUCUAUCAAUCCUACGAUAACUUACAGCAUAAUCUUCAAAACUCAGUUUAUAUUCCGGCACCAGUUCAACCUGAUGUGGACGUUCCACAAUCCGUCGCACCUAUUCCAGACUUUGCGCCUCCAUUGUUUACUGAAGAAGAUAAAAAAGGAGGGUACAAGCUUUACCUACGUAGGGAUGAUUUCGAAAGAAUCUCACAUAUGGAAGCGGACUUUUUAAAAGAAUACCUCAUUUCUCAAAUGUUUCAAGGCACAGGGGAAUAUCAGGGGUGGUCGCCGGACUUUACUUUUAAAGGGCUACAGGGCUUUUAUAGAUAUGAGGUGGUCACCAAGGAUGAGUGGUCCAAAAAUUGGCUUCUUAACUUAGAUUUCACCGAGUUUAAACAUUUCCAUGUCUUGGUUUAUACAGAAGAAGAAUUGUGGUAUGAAAGAGUCGCUAUAUGGCUGCCCGGUCAUUCCAGAGUUAGAAACAUCGAGCCAUUCGAAAAAUUAAAGUUACAAAAUACGAAAAUAUAUGGGGUUAACAUUAAUAAAUGGAAGUUUGUGAAAAAAAUCGUAAAUGGAAAAGGUACUAGGUUAUAUGUUGAUAUGCCACCGUCGUCUGCUCGGGCUCUUGAAACCCAUGGAAUGAAGUUAAGCUAUGAAUUACAACAAGUUAACGUUUUUGCAAAAGCAAUAGCCGUCGACAAAGAUUCUUUUGAUGCGGGGCUAAAGGAUUUCAGUACUGCUGAUCCUCAGGUAAUAGAAAAUGCCAUUAAAAAUUCACCUAUGCCUGUUCUCGCAAACGAUGUUUCGCUCAUCAAAAUUACUCUUAACGGAUGUAAAAAGUUAAGUCUCCCUCUGGCGCGUAAAAUUAAAGAAGUUGUCAUAUACAAUCUGUUCCAAUAUCAUAAAAUAAACGGUAAUUCUCGAACCGAUUUCGUAAAAUAUGGGUUUUUGCCACCCAACUAUUUUGCGAUACUACCUUUAAAUCAGGAAUCCAAGCGAUGGCUUCUGGGUUGCAAUUUUCCCAAAGUUGAAGGGCAGUUUGUCACUAUUGAAGGGGCAGAGGAAAGUAUCACGCGAUAUAUUACAAUGAAUGUAACAGUACCAUACGAGAGACAUUUGCGCUCGAGACAUUUACUAGAAAAGCUAAAAAACAGCAACCAGGGUGUAAAAAAUAUUAAUUUCAGUUUGUGGAGGUCUACUAAGAUGAAUCCCGUUGACAUGAAUAAUAUUAUGUACAAAGUGGAGGUAGAUAUGGAAUCGUUGGAGACUUUGGCUGCGAUGCAGUACCAAUUAGAUUAUGUGGAUACGACCGGUUUGCACACCGUGUGCUUCGAAUCAAAGUAUUCGCAGUCUGAAAUAGAGGACCUUAUCAAAAAUCACAAAGCUGAAAUGAUGGACAGUUAUGACGUAGCUAACAUGGAUUUGGACUCAAAUGCAUCUGAAUGUUCUGGAAAUGAUGUCAUUUGUUUAGAUUAA